GGCUGCUCCUCGGUAGUGGGCUCUCUAGUCCCGCCCCUUACACCCGGAAGUCAUUCUAAGAACUCGGAUGUAGUCUCUGCUGCCCUGGAAGUUCUCCGUCUCCAUGGUGACUGGGACCCGGGAGAGCGGAAGAGAUGCAGCGAGAGGAGAAGCAACUGGAAACCAGUUUGGAGACGCUUAUUGGUCAGGUCUCUGAUUUGAAGAACUCGUUGGUUGGAUUCAUCUAUAAAUUGGAGAACGAAUUUGACCGACUGACCUGGCCCUCGGUGCUGGACAGUUUUGCCCUGCUCUCGGGCCAGCUGAACACUCUAAAUAAAGUCCUUAAAAAUGAGAAGACCCCACUGCUAAAACACCAGGUCAUCAUCCCGCUGCUUCUGUCACCUGACCGAGAUGAAGAGAUCAUGCGUCUGACCGAGGGGAGAGUCCCUGUAUUCAGCCAUGAAGUGGUGCCGGACCACCUGAGAACCAAGCCGGACCCUGAAGUGGAGGAGCAGGAAAAGCAGCUGGCAGCAGAAGCAUCGCGCCUCACUCCUGAAGUGGCGCAGAAACAAGUCCAGACUAUGAAUAAGAUGUGCAACAACCUGCUGGAGAAAAUCAUCAAGGAGGAAAGGGAGUCUGAUGUUGGAAACCUACGGCAAAAUAAACCCACGUAUAAUCCGGCUGACACAAACGCUCUGGUAGUAGCUGUAGCCUUCGGAAAAGGCCUUUCAAAUCGGCGUCCUCUGGGACCUGGGGCUCCCAUGGGUCCAGGACAGUCUGCAGCGGGUGGGAUGUUAUCAGGGGCUGCAGGAAUGCAGCAGGUACCCAUGAAUCUACCGCCAAACCAGCAGCAGCAUUUACCUGGGGGGGUUCCAAUGACCCAGGCUGGUCAGCCAGGUAAGAUGCCCAGCAGUAUCAAAACCAACAUCAAGUCUGCAUCCAUGCACCCAUACCAGCGAUGAAUCUUUCCUUCUAUUUGGGUACUCCUAUUCCAUGCCGCCACUGCCAGGACAUGAAACCAACUUUACUUUGAGAUUUCAAGGACUUUUUUCACGUUUGUACAGAUGGUUUGGAUGCAAAUAAAAGAUUAUAUAAUUUGGA